AUGGACGAAUUAGAACGCCGUCGUAUUGCAUGCCUAUUGGAUGACAUAAGUGACGAGGAAUUGUGGGGUGGUACAUCUUCCACUGACGAAUGUUCACCCGAUGAACAUUUUGAUGUAUUAGAAACUUCGAACACCGAACAAUCAGGAGAAUCGACCGAUGAUGAGAUUCACAAUGAUAUUCAACAAACACUAGAGUGUUUUUAUGGAAAAGAUGGGACAAAAUGGAAUCGUCGUAAGCCAAAUCUGAGAACCAAAAAUCCAAGUUACAAUAAGAUAACUGAAAAACCAGGUGUGACUAAUUUGGCAAAAAAUGCAAAAACUGAAAUUGACGCGUGGUAUAUUUUUUUUACGGGUCCUAUGAUUGAACAUAAUAUAGUGUUCUGUACAAAUAUAUAUAUCGAUAAAAUUAAGUCAAAUUUUACCAGAGAAAGAGAUGUAGCUCAUACAACCACACGGGAAAUAAAAGGUUUACUUGGUUGCUUGUACAUGAUCGGUGCAAUAAAAUGUGGUCAUAGAAAUGCUCGGGAUUUGUGGAAAUUAGAUGGAGUAGGUGUAGAUAUUGUAUCAUGUGUUAUGUCAGAAAAACGGUUUGAAUUUUUAUUGCGAUAUAUACGUUUUGAUGACAUAAGAGGACUCGAAGAAAGAAAAAAGUUUGAUAAAAUAACCCAUGUGCGAUGGUUAUUUGAAAGUUUUAUACUACAGUGUAAACAGUCAUAUAGUUUAUCCGAGUUUGUCACUAUAGACGAAAAACUCCAAGCCUUUCGUGGUCGAUGUUCUUUUAGGCAGUACAUUCCGUCCAAACCUGCUAAAUAUGGUAUAAAAAUUUUUGCUAUGGUAGAUAACAUUUCAUAUUUCACCAGUAAUAUGGAAAUUUAUGCCGGAAAACAACCUGAUGGUCCAUUUAGUAUUGAUAACAGUCCGAAUAAUGUUGUUCAUCGUUUGAUACAACCUAUUAGGAAUACAGGAAGAAACGUGACAAUCAAUAACUGGUUUACUAGUGUUCCGCUCGCAGAUGAAUUACUGAAUCAAAAACUCACCUUACUUGGUACCCUUAGGAAAAAUAAAACUCAAAUACCACAGGAAUUUAAAAUCACGAAAAAUCGCCCUGUAUUUAGUUCUUAUUUUGGAUUUAGUGGAAAAAAAGUUCUAGUUUCAUACAAACCUAAAAAUAACAAAAUAGUAUUACUAUUAUCCACAAUGCACAAUGAUAAUUCAAUCGACAGUAGUACAGGAGCGGAAAAAAACCAAACAUGA